AGAGAGAGAGAGAGAGAGAGAGAGAGAGAUGGUGUUAAAAGGAGGCUGUUGUCUAUGUGGGCUUAGGCUGUGGAGACUCUCGACAGACAGGGGAACCAGUUUUAGACCGCGACAGAAGGAGAUUAAUUCCCUGGUGCUUCGAGGAGCACAUAAAAAAAAAAAAAGGGAAAAGAUUUGGAUGAAGUGAAAUAAAGUUCAAGCCUGUAAGUAGGGAUUCCUGCACAUGGAUAUAGUCAUGGGUUAAGGUUUAAAUAGUUAGCGUUGUAUGAUGCAAAUGGUUACCAUAGGACGCAGAGCAAGCAGGACUAUCAAUGUGACACGGACACCGAGCUCCAGCAGCAGGAGACUUAUGGCCGGCAUUUCUACCAGAGCCACCAUGGAGACCGAGGUCCUGCUGUCACCGACUUGUCCUCUCUUUGGGGCGUAAACACUGUUGUUCACUUCCACUUGUGUGCAGCUUAGUUUAGGAUGUCAUCACCUGGAGAAUCACAUGGGUGGUUCUCGUGUCUGUUUCAACACUGAACCCCCAGUCUUCUGUGUGUACGCACCCACAUGACCUCAUCGCUCAGGCAGCCCAAACUGUAAUCCAUAAACAGAUCCAGAGGCUGAGGGAGCUGGCGGGGGGACAGACAAAGCCAUCCCAUUUUGUUGUGUAAAUUCACACUCGGUGCACUGUGGUGGACUUGUUUAAAUGGACUUGGAAAAAGUGGCUGUGAAGUGAAUUGGAUUGUAAAAAGAAAAUAAUACAGGUACUCAAACCUGAGGUUUUAAACCUGCCUGUAAAACGGGUUGGGUGUCCGUAUAUUCUAUAUGAAAGACAAAUACUUUCUGCUCAUUAUCUCUGAUGUUCCAUAUCUUGGUGUAGAGACUUUGUUUAGCUACCGUGCCCUGCCGUACGUGACUCUCCCACCCGAGCCGCUAUCCAAGUUCAGACUCUGCUCGGCUCUCGGGCUUUGUAUUUCUGCCAGUGGCUUGUGAAUGCUUCCUGAAAUGAGUAAAAUAGCUCAUUGUUUAGUAUGUGUUUUUGUCCAACGUAAUGCUUUCAAUUGCCUGAAUAGACACCCUGGAAUGAUUCCACUGUUGCUGUUAUAAGUCGCAGUGAGUCAUUUAAUGCAACACCCCUGAAACAUGCUGUGACACAGAAUUUAAGUAAAGCAAACACGGCGAGCUUCACGACGUAGAAUAAACCCUGAGUCCAGUCUUCAGGAAAACAACGCGGUGGAAGCAUACAGUGGAGAUGCACGUCUGAUGUGACUUGACUUUGUCUUUUUGCUGAGACAACGCUGUGUGUCCUGCGUAUGAACUCCUUAUUAACAUGAAUAAUUCUAAAGUGUAAUGGCUUGACUGCAACUUGUCGCCAGAAUAUUUGCGCUGCGUUUAUUUUAAACACUAUUAAAUGUGUUUCAUUCUGAAGAUGGAAGCUCAGAUUGGUGCCCUCUUCCAUACUGUGUCGCAAAAAAAGUUACUGUGGCCCUAUUAUUUGGGAUAUUCAUAAAGCCGUGUGGUAUGCAUGGAGGUUGUGCUCACAUUUGCCACUUGGUAGGAGGCUAGUGUUGUUUUUCUAUCAAAUUGUGACUGCAAGAAACACCCUCAUGAACACAUAAGUAACAGAAUCAAGGCUUAAUUGAGACUUUGUUUGUAUUAUUGCGAUUAUUCUGCAGUUGCAAAACGUGUGUGUCCCAAAGUUCACCACAGAGACUGAGAUUGUGACACCGCUCUGGCAUGUUGGUAACAAAGUCGUGGGAGUAUCACAAUGUUUUAUUAAUAGCCUCCUCUCUCGCUGGACUUUCAGUGGUGGUAGCCGGCCACAGCGGAACUGAUCCAUCAGUUCCUUAUUUUAGACUCCCUGCCCCCCCCCUGCAUAGUGGAGGAGGGUGUAUCUGUGUAUUUGUCUUUGAAAGGGUUCAGCUGUAAUACUUGAUGUUUACUCUCAAGCAUCACAAUGAGUUAACACAGGAGUGUAACUCAUUGUGAUGGCUUGGUGUUUGCUAAGUGGUGACUGCAUCACUUCAGACUGCAUAUCUUGUUCUUCUUCUGAUGGACGGAAAUAGCCCCGCGUGCCUUGUAGUCACCAGAACUCUGAGCAAGAGCUAAUGUAGCCGUGAUUACAAAAGUCUUCCCUGGAUGAUUAGGUUCACGCACAUCGCUGAUGAGUGAUCCCACUGUUGCACAGGGCGAGCUUUGGCUCUUGGGUUUGAUAUGCUGCAAUUUUGAGGUUUGAUGGCAGAAAGCAUUUCAACCUCCCUCUCCCACAGAAUGAGAGGCUUGCUGUUCCCAUAUAGGUUUAGCUGUGUUGUAAUUAGUGUGUGUGCUGUGCAUGGGAAAGCAAAAGAGGGACGGAGUAGUGCUUAGGGAGAGAACGAAAGAGAGGGUGGAGGAGGAAGGUAGAGCAUUGAUGGGAAUCAAAUCUCUGCGCAGAGAGAAUAAGGGGGAGAAGACCAAGGAUAUCAGUGAGCGAUGGAAGGCCGUGUCUGUGAAGGCAAUCAGGUCUUCGCUGCAUGAAUGUUUUCACGGCCGUUGUGCCCUCAGCAUCUCCCCGUGGAGCUGAAGACGCCAGUUCUCUGAGCUCUCAUGUGUGAUUUGAUACGACUUCCAAUCACGGGUCGUAUUCGUCUCUCUACCUGCAUGCGUGCCGAGCUCUUGAGACUUUUAUAAGACGAUGCUUCGCUUGAUUUCUCCGCUGUGUGUCGGCCUUCGUGCCAGAGAGUGGCUCAUUUAUUCCCGCAGGUGGCCCGCUCGGUUCCUUGUGACUCUUCAGUACAUCCGCCACUCCAGAUAACUGUGGGUUGGACCACCGAUGCCACCUCUAUCUGACGCUCUGUGAGGGGGAUUAUGUGAUUCCAGACAUAUUUACAAAAAAGUCAUUAUUUGAUAAACAACCGGCUCAGGAAAAGCACAGUACUUUUUCAGUCCCGCUUGCCUUCUCUCCGUUUGCUAUUUGUGGACGUUUCCUCUGAAGUGGGUCUGACUCAAGAGAGACCGAUCAUGCGGGGUCAGUCAGUCUGUGACUAACUCUCAGCAGCGCUGUUGAGAGAUUUGGUGUGAAGAUGCCAGCCUGACCAGCAAGUCCUCACUGUACACAAAAACCAUCAGUAUCACCUCAGGACUAGUAGCUGUGUGUGGACUCAGGCCUCUUGGAUGGGCAAUAUAAGCUGGAGGAGCCAGCCCUCCUCGGAGGACACGGACUCCUCUCUACAGGGGGAUCUAGACGAGGACUCAGACUCGCAGCGGUCCCAUUUGUCCUCGUUCACCAUGAAGCUGAUGGACAAGUUCCACUCUCCCAAGAUCAAGAGGACUCCAUCCAAGAAGGGCAAGCAACUGCAGCCCGAGCCAGCAGCCAAGAGUGCCGAGAAACCUGCAAACAAGAAGGUCAGCCGGCUGGAGGAGCAUGAGAAGGAGGUGGUCAGUGCCCUGCGCUACUUCAAGACAAUCGUGGACAAGAUGGUCGUGGAGAAGAAGGUGCUUGAGAUGCUUCCAGGCUCGGCCAGCAAGGUGCUCGAAGCCAUCCUGCCUCUGGUUCAGGUAGAGGCCCGGAUACAGCACAGUUCGGCGCUGUCUUCCUGCCAUAACCGCGUGUAUCAGAGUCUCGCCAACCUCAUCCGUUGGGCGGACCAGGUGAUGCUGGAUGGCAUCGACUUGGAGGACAAGGAAAACGUGGCGUCCGUCACCAGCGUCAUCAAAGCGGUCCUGGAUGGAGUAAAGGAAUUGGUGAAGCUGACCAUAGAGAAACAGGAGCAGCCGUCACCCACCAGCCCAAACAAACCAUCACCACCUGCUACCACAGCAGAGAGCAGCGUGUCGUCAGAGAUGCCCUUGAUAGAUCGGGAGCAGGAGGUCUCGAAUAAGACGGCUCCGGCAGCUACUCCCGCAGAGGCUGCCUCCGACAUACCAGAUGAGGACGUGGCCCCUCCCAAACCCCCCCUUCCUGAAGCCAAAAUGGCAGAGCUCAGAGCACAGUUGAGUGCUGACGCCGGCCAAAGGAGACCCUCUCAGAAGGAGAACCCUCCGCCAGCUCUUCCCCCUAAGAAGCGUCAGUCAGCCCCUUCGCCUACGCGGGUUGCGGUGGUUGCCCCGAUGAGCCGUGGCUCCAGCUUGCCUUGCAGCGUCCACAGACAGCAGCAGGACUAUGAGCAGGAGUUCCUCCAGAGGCGUUUCUCUGGGGGGAGCCAGUCCUAUGGGGGGGACUCCCCCCGCCUGUCUCCGUGCAGCAGCAUGGGGAAACUCAGCAAGUCCGACGAACAGCUUUCCUCCAUGGAGCAGGACAGCGGUCAGUGUUCUCGUAACACCAGCUGUGAGACGCUAGUUUUUUUUACCUUUUCAGACAACACGGAGACUUACGACCCGGAUUAUGACUUCCUCCACCAGGACUUGUCAGCUGGGGAAAACCUACCCCCGAUACCAGUAGGAGGGUGCCUGAGCCCCCUGCCCGAGUCUCACAGCGAGUCCUCUUCCCCGGUCCCCGGACAGCAUCCCUCACAUCCCCGCUUCAGCGCUCCCCCCUCACAGCAGCAGCCAGAGUACUGGACCCCGCAGCCCAAUCAAACCAAUCCCUUACAUUCCUUCCGCGUCAGCGCGCCCCCCGCCCUUCCCCAGAAGAAGCGGCGCAGCACCCAGUCGCCCUUCCCUGACGCGGGCUCCAGGGUGCUGUAUGAGCGCUACCCCUCCCAAUAUGACAACUUGUCAGAAGAGGAGCUGCACCCUACGCCGCCAUUCCCCCUGUUCACACCCAUCUCACCCAUGCCGCAGACGAACGGGGGCGUGUUCGUCACCCAGUACAUAGCCGGCGAGCAUGCAGAUGUCAGCCCACCUCCAUUGCCGGAGAAGAAAAGCAGACACAUCCUCCAGUACAUGCAGUUUGUGGAAGACUACUCCGAGCCGCAGCCCUCGGUGUUCUACCAGAUGCCCCAGAGUGAGAGCAUCUACGAGCAGCGCAACAAGCGCUUCCAGGAGGUCUACGGCUUCAACGACUCCUUCAGCAGCACCGACUCAGUCCACGAGCCGCUGCUGCCUCCAGCAUUGCCCCCGAAACAAAGGCAGCUGGCCUCCCACUCUUCCUCCCCCUCUUCCUCCUCCUCCUCUUCUCUCUCCUGCCACCUCCAGCCGUCUGUGGCGGCCAUGGAGGAGGCGGGCUCUGGGCUGGGCCUCAGCAUGUCCGUUUCUAACUCCUACCUGAUUGGCCAGGCUUCUUUGAUCACACCCACGAGCUUGGACCAGGUUGCCUUGACCAAUGCCACCAUUCUGGAUGGCGGCGGCAGGGGCGGGCCCAACGGUUCCCUGGCGGGCUCAAUGGGCUCUGUGGCUGUCUGUCUUCCUUCUGAGUCUUCUCUCACUGACUCUCUCCACACCUCAGCGAGCGAGUGCGCAAACGACGAGGGCGGAGAGGGGGAGUACGUCAACUUGUACUCGUCCAGCCAGGCCAAUGGGGAGCUGCCUCUCUCCCUCAGAGAAACGAUCACAGCUGACGACGUACUUCAAGACUCCGCCCCUCAAAUGCCAUCCGCCAACAGCAAAGAGGCUUUGGACAAGGAGAGGAGGCAGAAGUCAACAGAGUCGGCUGGGAGCGAUGAGGAAGACGUAGACGAGCUGUCCCUCAUAGACCACAAGGAGAUCAUGAGCAGGAUAACACUAAAACAAGAAAGCGAUGAUGGCCCUGACGUUCGUGCAGGAUCAGGAGAUAUUCUAUUAGUCCAUGCUACCGAAACGGACCGCAAAGAUCUUGUUUUGUACUGUGAAGCCUUUCUGACUACUUAUAGGACAUUUAUAACCCCCGAGGACCUCAUUAAGAAGCUACACUACAGAUACACCAGGUUCUGCCACAGUCCGGACACCUUCAAGAAGCGAGUCAGCAAGAACACAUUCUUUGUGCUGGUCCGUGUGGUUGAUGAGCUGUGCUUGGUGGAGCUGACGGAGGACAUCUUGAAACAGCUGAUGGACCUGGUGUUCACGCUGGUGUGCAAUGGCGAGCUCAGCCUCGCCCGUGUGCUCCGCAAGAACAUCCUGGACAAGGUGGAGCAGAGGAAGCUGCUGCGCUACACCAACUCGCUCAAGCCGCUCGCUGCCCGAGGGGUCUCCGCAAGGCCUGGAACUCUCCACGACUUCCGCAGUCAUGAGAUUGCGGAUCAGCUCACUCUUCUUGAUGCCGAGCUGUUCUAUAAAAUUGAGAUCCCUGAGGUCCUGCUCUGGGCCAAGGAGCAGAACGAGGAGAAGAGUCCGAACCUGACUCAGUUCACAGAGCACUUUAACAACAUGAGCUAUUGGGUCCGCUCUUUGAUAAUUCAGCAGGAGAAAGCUCAAGACAGAGAGAAACUGCUUCUCAAGUUCAUAAAGAUAAUGAAGCACUUAAGAAAGUUGAAUAAUUUCAACUCCUACCUGGCAAUACUGUCCGCUCUGGACUCCGCCCCCAUCAGGAGAUUGGAGUGGCAGAAACAGACCUCAGAGGGAUUGGAGGAAUAUUGCACGUUGAUUGACAGCUCCUCCUCCUUCAGAGCGUACAGAGCGGCUCUGUCUGAGGUUGAGCCUCCGUGCAUCCCGUACCUGGGUCUCAUUCUGCAGGACUUGACCUUCGUCCACCUGGGGAACCCCGACCUCAUCGACGGGAAGGUCAAUUUCUCCAAACGCUGGCAGCAGUUCAACAUUCUGGACAGCAUGCGGCGCUUCCAGCAAGUGCACUAUGAGCUGAAGCGCAACGACGACAUCGUCUGUUUCUUCAACGACUUCAGCGACCACCUGGCAGAGGAGGCGCUGUGGGAGCUGUCGCUAAAGAUCAAGCCCAGGAACAUCACCAGGCGCAAGACGGAGCGCGAGGAGAAGACCUAGGGCCCCGUGGGCCUCCGAGACUGACCUCCAACUGUGCUUCAUGACACUAACUCCACUUUACUACAGACGAAUGGAAGCUUAUCCACUGGAGCUAAUGGAAGACUCUUUGGAUGCAGAACAAACUACAGACUACAGAAGCGUGGCUGAGGUUCACGAGGAGCUCUGCCGCUCUGGGAGAUUAUAUUUGGGAUUACUGUGGCUCCGGCGCUUAGACGGGUAGAGAUUCUGUGACUUUGGUGAAGCGAGAAGAAGCCCGGCCCCCGAGGAUGAGUGAAGAAUCACACAGAGCGGACGGGGAGACGCUACGGAAAUAACCAAAGUCUACUCCCUGGGCUCUCUGUUUUAGAGUGGAGCUGUUGCGUGUGUGAGAUUGAGCCGAAUGGUCCAUUACUUUCCAAGUUGCUCCUUCCUCUUUCUUUUAUGUAUGUGCCAUUUGUUGGUCUCCUUCUGCGACCCUCUCCUUGACUCAUGACGUCCCCUAAAACGGCAGAACCACAAGAGCGGCCCGCCCUGAACUGAGACGUCAACGCGAAGCUGCUGGGGGGUGGGGGGAGGGGAUUUGGACUCGGAAGAGAGGAUGACCAUUACAGACUGGAAUUCGAUGAGUUUUGAAACAUUUUGUGUAAGAAUCAUGUAUGGUUAUGAAAUGUAUUAUAUACAGUGCUCCUUUUGUUCUUAAAAAGGAUGUUUAUGCUUACGAGAAGAGCUUAGCUUCUCCCAAAGUGCCAUACGUGUGUGCACUAAAAAAAAGCAAAGCAAAAAACACAAAAAAGAUAAAUUACUAAAGAUGCUGUGAUCUAUGUAUGUCAUACUGAAUAAUUGUGUGCCGUGUUCAAGUGUAGAGAACCACCAGGCAAUCACAAUCACGUCCCAGCCAUGUCUGUGUGUGAAAGAGUGUUUUGUGUGACUGAAGUCCUCGGUGACUUGUGUGUUUGUCAUUCCAAACUGUGCUGUAGUAAAUCAUUGAUUCCCUCUCGGGGUAAUAGUCCAAACCAACACAUCACACUGUGCUCUCAAACUCCCAAUAAAACAAACAGCUCUGUUUCUAUA